AUGCCUGUCCUCCCUUCUCUCGAGGGCUCGACCUUCAAUGAAGAUAUUCGAGACCGCCACAUGACUUACGACUACGCUGCCCAGGAUGCACAGGGCAACCCCGAAAAGUGGCGAUACGAGAUGUGGUUCUACAACGAAGAUCGCAUUGUCUACGCUAUCCACGACGGUCCUAUGGCAGGCCGGAAGAACUUCCAAGCGGCGACCUACCAAUGCAUUCGCCCAGGAGAGUUAUGGCAAGUCAACUGGCUUGAGGAGACCGGCACCAUCGUUUCUCUGGUCUACGACAUUCCCCAAAAACGCAUAACCACCCUUCUCGCAUUUUCAAAGGGACACUGGGACCAGAACGAAGCAGCACAUGGCGAUAAGCGCAACCCUGAAGAUCUCGCCAGAUGGAGAAAGUUAGCCAAGAUUGGCGAGUCUCAGACGGAUCGGGUGCUCUUGAGCGAGCAAGCCGAUAUUUUAGAAGAUUUCAGAGGGGCUGGAGAUCUGCAACCCAUUGAAAUGCACUGGCCUUGUCUGUGA